AUGGAGAAUGUGAAUGCUAUAACCUCCAGGUAUGGAGAAAUUUUCACUCCUAUGACCCCUGCACAGAAGGUCUCCAAGGUGCAUGCAGAAAAGACAGAAGAGUCGAGUUCAGCUAAACCCGACCAAACUCGCCGAGUCCCUCUAAUGGACUCGACGAGUCUAUGCCCUGAUGAAAAAUCUGUUGUUUCCUUAAAGCCUUACAACCCUCCUCUGUCAUUCCCAAUCAGAGCCAUACCUGAUGAGAAGGUUAAAGCAUAUAGAGCUUUCAUGGAGCAUGUUAAAGCCCUUCAAGUCAACGUCCCAUUUAUGGAAACGAUGCUUCAAACACCCAAAUAUUUGAACUUGCUAAAGGGUCUCUUUGCUGCUAGAAAAGAUUUAGCUGAAGUCAUGGAGAUAGUAUUAAGUGAGCUACCAGAAAAGAAGGGCGAUCCGGGAAGCAUCAUAAUUCCUUGUCAAUUUGGAAAUGUACUUGCUAAUCAAGCGUUGACCGAUUCGGGUGCAAGUAUUAACUUAAUGCCUUUUUCUUUCUUCAAGAAGUUGAAUUUACCGGAGCCAAGGCCUGUGAAUAUGAAGAUCCAUUUAGCGGAUAAGACGAUUAUUCGUCCAAGGGGUGUUUGUGAAGAUCUCCUCAUUAAGGUGGAUAAAUUUAUAUUCCCUAUGGACUUUGUAGUACUUGAAAUGGAAGAAGACCCCGAAACUCCAAUUAUUUUAGGGAGAUCCUUUUUGAAUACUGCAUGCGCAUUGAUAGAUGUAUGCGAGUCCACACUAACAUUGAGGGUAGAAGAUGAGUCAGCAGUGUUUAAAGCUCAACCAGAGAUUAAGCAAGAAGAAGGAUGA